UUACAUAAUGGUCCUUGUUGUCCAAUAUGUGUUAUUAUUAGAACUUAACCUCAUUACAGCACAGAGGUUGUUUGGGAGAUCAAGAAAACAACUUUCUUGUUUGGAUAAGUCAGUUGCCACUAUCCAGACAAUCCAUGGAGACACAUAUAAUUGUGUGCAUUUCUACAAGCAACCGGCAUUUAAUCAUCCUUUAUUAAAGAAUCGUAAAUUUGAUUAUCAGUUGAACUCUUCUUUACACGAUUCGAAGCAAGAGCAACUGACUCAAGCUCAUUUGGGGGCGAACACUUGGACAUAUGGUUGAAUGGUAAAGGAUGUCCAAUUGGAACGGUGCCAAUUAGGAAAACUACAAAAAAAUAUUUACUUAGAGCAAAUUUAGUUGUUGCUAUUACGUCCAACCUCAAUUCGGGAGUUCAUGUAAGUAUUUAUUAUUUUAUCGCGU